GUUCUAUAAUUGUAAAGCCGGCACAGCUUCUAGAGUUUUGUAUAAUCUCUCUCUCUCUCUCUCUCUCUCUCUCGGUGUUCCAUCUUUCAUGGGGCUCUGCGCUUCUUCUGAGUCUGUGCAAAAGAAGGAGAGAGAUAAGAGCAUAGCAUACUUAGUUGGAGAUUUAUGUCCGAGGUGCUGUGAUGGUGAUAAAGGAAUUUCAAGGCUUGCUUCUCUUUACUCCAGGCAAGGGAAAAAGGGGCCGAAUCAGGACUCUGCAAUCCUCUACCAGGGGUUUGGAAUGGAAGAUGGUGUGUUUUGUGGAGUUUUUGAUGGUCAUGGAAGGAAUGGUCAUAUAGUCAGCAGGCUAGUGAGAGACUCUCUACCCUCUCUUCUGCUGCGGCAUCGCGUUGACAAUGCCUAUGACUCGAGUGACUGUGAUGACAUGAGCUCAAUCGAUGACCGGCUCAGCUCAGCUUCAUCGCCAGAGCUUUUUGAUGAGUGGAAGGAAGCCUGCAUCAGUGCAUUCAAAGCCAUGGAUAAGGAGCUUGAGCUCCACCCAAAGCUGAACAGCUUCCAUAGUGGAACCACAGCAGUGACCAUCAUCAAACAGGGAAGUGAUUUAAUCAUCUCUAACCUUGGUGAUUCAAGGGCAGUAUUGGGAACUAUAUCAGAAGAAGGUUACUUAAAGGCUGUUCAGCUAACCACAGAUCUAAAACCAAAUGUUCCCCAUGAGGCUGAGAGGAUAAGGAAGAACAACGGUCGAGUUUUCGCAUUACGGGAUCAGCCUGACAUACAAAGAGUAUGGCUACCUGAUACAAAUUUUCCUGGCCUUGCCAUGGCUCGCGCUUUCGGAGACUUUGAGCUUAAGAACUAUGGUGUUAUUGCAAUUCCUCAAGUCUCAUACCGCCGGUUAAGAAACAGAGAUCAGUUUAUAGUUCUUGCAACAGAUGGGGUUUGGGAUGUUCUUAGCAAUGAGCAAGUUGUGAAGAUUGUUUGGUCAAGUUUAUUGAAAGGAAAGGAGCCAUCCAAAGCAGUAGUGAAAGCAGCAGUUCGUGAGUGGAAACGAAAGUAUCCUUCUCAUAGGGUAGAUGAUUGCUCUGUAGCUUGCAUCUUCUUUGAUGAUAGAUGAAGUGGUAUUCAUGGCGGUUCAGAAGCUAAGCAGACCUGUAAACUCAGUUCACAACCAGAACAAUUGAGUAGAGAGCUUGAAGAAAAAUGGAAGAAAGAAGAAGAUUAGUGCGGUUGUAUAUAUUUUUCAGCACUAGCUAUUGUGACUAGUUUAAGCUCCUUUUUCUUACCUUUUUGACUGGGAUAAUUGAGCUUCUUGUGAGCUCUCUUUUCUAGUCUGAGUACACCAUUGGUGUGAAGCGGCAGACCUUCUCAUAGUUCUAUCUGAUAAUAGUUUAUAUGUAUAUAUUUAAAUGAGCAUUUCCACCCUUUGGCUAAUUUGAUUUGAAGUCAGUGCUUGAAGCAUUUUGCUCCAA